AUGGACAAGAGGUCUCCAAAAAGUAAAGAAGAAUGCGAGACCGAAGCCCUAAAAUCGGAUGUGGAGGGGGACCCGGAGGCGAAAGAGGGUGGUGCAGGAGCCCUAGAAGCAAAGAUGUCUCUUAUGAAUGGUAUUACAGUUAUCGUGGGUUCAAUCAUUGGAAGUGGUAUCUUCGUGUCACCAACUGGUGUCCUAAAAUAUACUGGAUCUGUUAAUGCCAGUUUACUAGUAUGGAUUGCAUCUGGAGUUUUCAGUAUGCAGACGGAUUACCUGAUGGUAGGAGCCUACUGUUAUGCAGAGCUGGGGACCAUGAUCAGGCUCAGUGGAGCUGACUACGCGUACAUCAUGGAGACCUUUGGACCCUUCGCAGCUUUCAUCAGGCUCUGGAUUGAGUGCAUGAUCGUCAGACCUUGCUCGCAGGCGAUAGUGGCGUUAACGUUCAGCGUGUAUGUGCUGAAGCCGAUAUUCCCAGAAUGUGACCCGCCCGAAGAUGCUACCAGGUUGCUAGCUGCAUGCUGUAUAUUGCUUCUAACAUUCGUGAACUGCUGGUCAGUGCGGGCAGCUACAAGGGUCCAGGACUGGUUUACGUACGCCAAGCUGCUGGCUCUCUUCAUCAUCAUAGCAGCCGGCAUCUACCAGCUCUGCAGAGGUGAGGUGCAGCACUUCACUUUCGAGGGUACCACCAACGAUGUGACCUCCAUUGCUCUCUCUUUCUACUCCGGACUCUUCGCUUACAACGGAUGGAACUACUUGAACUUCAUCAUUGAGGAGUUGAAGGACCCCGUGAGGAACCUGCCCCGAGCUAUCGCCAUAUCCUGCACCCUCGUCACUGUGGUCUACACCUUCACCAACGUCGCAUUCUACACGACCCUCUCACCCACUGAGGAUUCUUCUAUCCUUGACGACUACAGCCUGAUUAUGGAUUGUGCUCCUGCUACUCAUGACGACACUGGUGAUAAAUUGGAUUUAGUAUUAGACGCUUUGGCUUACGAACCCGGCAUUCAGUCUGGACUUAGUAUCGACAAUGUUGAUUUGGUUCUUGGUUCAGCGGCAGUUGCUGUAACGUUUACUGAGCGUCUGUUCGGUUGGUUUGCUCUCUCCAUCCCGCUGUUUGUCGCUGCGUCUACAUUCGGAGCCGUGAAUGGUGUACUUCUUACUUCUUCAAGAUUGUUCUAUGCUGGCGCGGCUCAAGGACAGAUGCCAGAGAUGUUGACGAUGGUGAGCGCACGAGCGACCCCGGCGGCCGCAGUACUGGCUGUGGCACUACUCAGUCUGGUCUACCUCACUGUGUCUGAUAUCUACGCACUCAUCAACUACGUCGGAUUUGCUACUUGGUUAAGUAUCGGCGCUGCAGUACUGUGCUUACCCGUGCUAAGGUAUACGCAACCGAAUCUCGAACGACCCAUCAAAGUGAACCUUUUCUUCCCUGUAAUCUACAUAAUCUGCACGAUCCUGGUAGUAGCGUUCCCUGCGUUUGCAUCUCCCGCUGAAACUGGAGUGGGAUGCCUCAUGAUCCUCACGGCUGUUCCUGUAUACCUACUCUUGUUGCAUCCUAGGACUAGGAUUAAGUGUCUCGGUUCUAUUACCAAUGUCGCUACCGUUCUCGUUCAAAAGCUGACGUUAUCAUCGCGGCCCAAAAUGAAGUGAACGCGUUCAACAAAAUCAGCUUUCGACAACAUAUCCGACCAUCGGUAAGGCAGUUUUACUUGUCUGUUUUACCAUGAGAGUGCAAGAAGAACAUUUUUAUAAACCUCGUUUUUAGAAUUAAUAUCAAAAACAAUUUCGACAGCUAUGCUUCAACUUGUCGAUUCACUACCGAGCCUGCAGAAAGACCAAGCUUACUCAAUGGUAAAACAGGCAAGUGUACAAGUAAAUUUAUAUAAAAAUGCUGUUGUAUUUAAAUUAUAUAUUUAACGUGUAUGAUAUAGACCGAAAUCUUACACACUUGCGAUUAUUCUUCGUAUGAAUCUGCGAUUACCAUUAAUCGCAAAUGUGAACGAUCGGCUUGUUGUAUGUUUUAAAUAAUAAUAAAUGUAGUCAUUUACAAAUGUAAUAAUAUGAUACAUCGUGUAUUAUCUCAUAUUUAUAAUAAUCUAAUACCUGACCAGUUUGACGUAGAUUUGUGAUUCUGAUGAUAUUUUGUGGGUUUAAAGAAUUAUUUGCAGUAUGGGUUAUAAAUAUAUUGUUCCUUAUUUGUACCUAUCUGUAUGUUGUAUGUAUGCGUGGCUAAGCCACGUUUAUUAUAGAAAUGAAUGUUGAUGGCAGCUAAUGGUUUAGAUGAAAGUAAAGCUUAAGCGUACGUAUCAUAAUAAUAUUGUUGUGUAUAAAUAAAAUGAGAAGUUCUGCGCGAUUGUAUGUAUCAGCUUAAUCGCUGAAAAGGCAUAAAUCAUUUACCUACUCUGGAGUUAAGUCAAAAUCUAAGUCAUGCUUUAUGCGUCAGUCUAUUGUGGGUUAAUACGUAUAUUCAUUAUUCAUAUAAUUAUUUCAUUCAAUGCGCAUUUAUUUUUAUUAUGAUAGUGAAAACGCACUCAGUUUAUUAUAAAAUGGUAGGUUAAGUUGCUUAUAAUUUUAUAUAUUAUUAUUUCCUAUUUAAAAAUACUAUAACUAAAUAUACUUUUUUGGUAAGAAAAUAAAUCCGCAUAACAUUUUUAUGCGCAAAAACGAAGACACGCUCGAGAAUGUUAAUUAGACUUGGCUGUAUCUACCGUACAUCCGAAAAAUUUGUUUUAUAUUUUUAAAUCAUAAAAUCGCACACAAUGAUUUAUUGCCAAUAUUCGGGAAUAAGGUUGAACAAAAAAUAAAUUAAAAUCAUUAUUUGUUCAACCUUAUUAUACUAAUAAAAAAUUA